AUGCCAUAUUCUACAUUUCCACUGCUGUGCGUCUUGGGGCUCGUCGCGCUCUCCUCCACGUGCUACAUCCAGAAUUGUCCGCGAGGCGGGAAGCGCUCUUUUCCUGAUCUUCCACGACAGGUGAGUUUAUUCGUCGAUUUAAAAUGGUUAAUAAAGUCACUCAAUUUUGUUUCCAACUAACAGUUGAUUGGUUUUAAUUUGGUUGUUCGGAAUGGUAACGAGUCCUUUGGUGUUUUAAGAAACCUUCUUGGUGCAAAUAAUCCAUUGUUUAAAUUAAGUAGCCUAUUUAUUCUAAUCAGUUAGGCCUAUAGAUGAAAAUAAAAUAAUUAUGUCCGAUUAGAAUCAAAGCAGCUUCAUGUGGAUAGCCUAUAUGCUGCCAGACAUUCAUUGCUCAAAAUAGGGAUGAUUUUGGUGACAUAAUGGUCCUUCAUGUGACUACUUGCUCAUGCUCGCAAUAUUCAAUCUAGACUCAAAGUAGUCUAGAUACUAUUCAUUUCAACCACUGAAACGCAGUAAUCAGCGGGAAUGAUACACUCAGGUGUUGUGUAGCCGUGUUUCCAAUGCGCUAUGGUCGUGCGUAAUCGCGCUUUUAUGCAGUGAUUAACAAUGGAUGCUUUCAUUUCCAGUGCAUGUCGUGUGGUCCCGGGGACAGGGGCCGCUGCUUUGGCCCAAGUAUCUGCUGUGGGGAGGGGAUGGGCUGCUACGUGGGCUCCGCAGAGGCAGCUGGUUGUGUGGAGGAGAAUUACCUGCCCUCCCCCUGCGAGGCUGGAGGAAGAGUGUGUGGCUCUGAGGGAAGCUGUGCUGCACCCGGGGUCUGCUGUGACUCAGGUAAGACGGUUAAAGACCGUAAAUGGUGAGCUUUGAAACAGUUGCUUGAAUAUUUUACUGGUUUUACUAAUGGGAGGUGACUUAUUGUGUACUUAUUUGAACCAAAUAUUUUAGCAUCAUCCACUAGCCAUAAUACUAUGAUUUCACUUUAAAUAUUUUAUUUUUUUAAUCUAUCUUGAUGUUUUGUUAACUAUAUGAUUCAUUUAUUUCCUACUUCUACAGAGAGUUGUGUGCUAGACCCAGACUGCCUAGAGGACAGUAAACGUCAGCCACCCAGCGAACAGAACGCUCCCUUGAUGGGCGGUUUGACAGGAGACCUGUUACGGAUCUUGCAUGCCACCAGCAGGGGGAGACCUCAGUAA